AUGGAGGAGCCGGGCCAGGGGGCUGGCGGGGGGCCCCGGGCCCGCGCUGAGGGGGCCGCCGCGGAGAGCGAGAUCCAGAAGGCCGUGGAGUUCAAGGUGGAGGGGAACCGCUGCUACAAGGAGAAGAAAUUCCGGGAGGCCAUCGGGAAAUACCACCGCGCCCUGCUGCAGCUCAAGGGGGUGCAGGGCCGGGCCGGGGCAGGCAGCCCGGAGCAGAGCCCGCCGGGCCCGGGGCGCCGCCCGCUGACCGAGGAGCAGCUGCGGCUGGUAGAGAGCACCGAGGUCGAGUGUUACGACAGCUUGACGGCCUGCCUGCUGCAGUCGGAGCUGGUGAACUAUGAGCGGGUGCGGGAAUACUGCCUGAAAGUGCUGGAGAAACAACGCAGCAACUUCAAAGCCACGUACCGGGCGGGCAUCGCCUCCUACCACCUCGGGGACUACGCCCGCGCCCUGCUCUACCUGAAGGAGGCCAAGAGCCGGGAGCCCGCAGACACCAACGUCGUGCGCUACAUCCAGUUGACGGAGCUGAAGAUCCUGCGCUGUGGCCAGCGGGCCGGCUACAAGGAGCUGAUUGCGUAG